CUUAUACUCGACGUUCUUAAAAUACUUCUUGUUGAUAUUUUCCGGUAAACUACAUCAGACUGUUAAAAAGAAAACGGUAAAGGAAGGAAAUAAUAUAAAAAAAAUGAAAGUGCGAGGAAUAGUUGCGGUUUUGUACGGCUUCUUGUACCCGUUAAUUUUGUUUAUGGAUAAGCCUGUAUCUGUUGCCGCACAAGAACCUGCGUUUGAACUACCAGUGGAAUUAGUUGGUUUCCCUGUGAUAAUAGUGGCUGUGAGAUUGUCGAAUUUUGUAAAAAAAUUAGCCUAUUCUUUAAAUCCACAGACAUAUGUCAGCAAGAGGACACGCCGUGGCAUCACCAACGACGAAAUGAUAAACAUGAUAGAAGCUGAAAAACGCUUAGUUACCGAACUUGGUGAAAACGUCUGUAUUUAUCCGAAAGUUUGUCUUCAUCACGCCGAAAAGGCAAGGAAAACAAACGGCAGACACGAAAUGAUUAUCGACUGGGACGAUGUGUUCAACAAUUACAAGGCGUCGCAGGAAAAACAAAAGGAAUUCUAUUUUUUGAGCGUCUUUUUGGGUGAUUUUAUCGCAUCUCCUAGAUUCUGCAAUCAGCUUAUUAAAAGAGGACGAGCAUGCAAAGAGUAAUUAGUUCAUAGGCGGAGUAACUAAUUUUGUUGUGUCAUAUUAUUUCCGAAAUCUUAACGUAUCAAUUUGUACAUACAUAAAUUUUGUAAGAAAAAGCCUCGAUUUUAUUCCUUAUAAUUUAUUGUUGUUUAUAUAGUUUUAUUAAAUAAAUAUAAUUAGCUUGACAUGUAGUAGAAAACGUUACGAACUAUUUGGUGAAAUACAGUAUUAGGUACAUUGUUGGGUCUUAUCGCCAUUGAUAUAAUUACAAUCUGCCACGCCUUAGCAUAGUUAUGAUAAUGCUGUUAUUCAUAGUUUUAAUUUCAAAUAUCCCGAAAACUACCCUGUUAUUAUAGGUGUUAUCACUUUGGAUCAUUACACUGUGGAAAUAAGAUAUUUAUCACAUCCCAUGUGUAUUGUGGGGGCACAAAAAUACGGUACAUU